ACGGGCCGGCCAGCCCGCGUCCGCGGGCGGAGCCGAGGGGAGCCGGGCGCGUGAGGGCCCCGAGGCCAGCGGUUAGUCAGAGCGUCGCCCGGAAGGAUGGGCCGGUCUCGGAGCCGGAGCUCGUCCCGCUCCAAGCACACCAAGAGCAGCAAGCACAACAAGAAGCGCAGCCGGUCGCGGUCGCGGUCCCGGGACAAGGAGCGCGUGCGGAAGCGUUCCAAAUCCCGGGAAAGUAAACGGAACCGGCGGCGGGAGUCGCGGUCGCGCUCGCGCUCCACCAACACGGCGGUGUCCCGGCGCGAGCGGGACCGGGAGCGCGCCUCGUCCCCGCCCGACCGCAUCGACAUCUUCGGGCGCACGGUGAGCAAGCGCAGCAGCCUGGACGAGAAGCAGAAGCGAGAGGAGGAGGAGAAGAAAGCCGAGUUCGAGCGCCAGCGAAAAAUUCGACAGCAGGAAAUAGAAGAAAAACUCAUCGAGGAAGAAACAGCACGAAGAGUGGAAGAAUUGGUGGCAAAAAGGGUAGAGGAAGAACUGGAGAAAAGAAAGGAUGAAAUUGAACGGGAAGUUCUCCGCAGGGUGGAGGAAGCCAAGCGCAUCAUGGAAAAGCAGUUGCUCGAAGAACUCGAGCGACAGAGACAAGCUGAGCUUGCCGCACAAAAAGCUAGAGAGGAGGAAGAACGUGCAAAACGUGAGGAGCUAGAGCGAAUACUGGAAGAGAAUAACCGAAAAAUUGCAGAAGCACAAGCCAAAUUGGCUGAAGAACAGUUGAGAAUUGUUGAAGAACAAAGAAAGAUUCAUGAGGAAAGGAUGAAACUAGAACAAGAGCGACAACGUCAACAAAAAGAAGAACAAAAAAUUAUCCUGGGCAAGGGAAAGUCCAGGCCAAAACUGUCCUUCUCAUUAAAAACCCAGGAUUAAAUUGCAAACUCUGAACUUUUUACAAAAAAAAAAAAAAAAUGGAAAAACUUUGUAUGGUAGCUUCAUGUUGAAGUGUUUUUGUUUUUGUUUUGUUUUCAUUUUUUUUUUUUUAAAUUUGGAAAAUCUGGAAAGUUAGCUUGUUCUAAUAGGGGCUGUGCUCUGCAAUCCCUUUCUCCCCUCUUCUCCCACUUAACUUUUAUUAAGUCAAACCCUUAUCAGAUCAUUGUUGUCUUCUAAAACAUGAUAUAUUUUUCACCUGUUUGGAUUCUAUAUUAGUGGUCUGAAAGAAGAGCAGAUCACUUGGUAAACUGUGGAUGGUCUGAUAAGGUUUUUACUGACCCACUGACUUCAGAGUUAUACUCUGUUUACUACAUCAUAAUGCUGGUUUUGCUGACUUUUUGUUUUUUUAUAUAUUUAUAAAAAAAGAAAAAGUUGGUACUUGCAUUGGAAAAUUCCCAGGCUGUUACUGGACCCAUGUGCUGUAUUGUUAAAGCAGUGUCCUUGUGACACUGUUGCUCGAUGUUCCUGAUACAGGUAAGGAAAGAGUUGGUCAGCUGGGAUGCACACACAUACACAGUUCAGUAUUGUCUCUGUUCGGUUUGUUUUUAUUUCAUUGACAGACUCAAACCAGCAUUCCCCCUUGUGUAAAUAAAUGAUUUUGCUGAAUAAAGUAAAGUCUUAAAUUCA